UCUGCUGCAAAGGAAGUCCAUCGUGAUCUUAGGGCUUUGUUAGGUUGUUGUGUUGCAUGGUUUUCGAUUUUUAAUUUAUCAAACUCUGAAGUCUUUUUAACAAAUAAAGUAAACAAAGAAAUAUUCCUAACCACUCACCUUUGCUUUUUGAAUCAUAAUGGGAACAGCCCUGAUUUGUGAUGAAGAGAUGACCAAAUACAAACUACUCUGGAUUGAUCCAGCAUGUAAAAUCGAAGUACCUGAGCGUCUGACAGUGAGUUACGAAGCUUUGGUCAGGAAUGCACUCGCCGAUCGCUGCGUCUCUGUUCCUGUCCGUGAGGCCACGGACGCAGAGAUUCUGCUGGUCCACAGUGAGGAGUACCUGGAGGCAGUGAAAAAGACUCCUUAUAUGACUCUGGAGGACCUGAAGGAAUUCACCCGUCAGUACGGAGACGUCUACUUCCACCCUAACAUUUAUCACUGUGCCAAGCUGGCUGCAGGCUCUGCGCUGCAGCUGGUGGACCAUGUUGUGACUGGGCGGGUCAGGAAUGGGAUGGCUCUAGUCAGACCACCAGGACACCACAGUCAGCACAGUGCUGCAAAUGGUUUCUGUGUUUUCAACAAUGUGGCCAUUGCAGCUCGAUAUGCAAAACAGAAAUAUGGAGUCAAAAGGGUGCUGAUCGUGGACUGGGACAUACAUCAUGGCCAAGGAGUGCAGUAUUGCUUUGAAGAUGAUCCAAACGUUCUGUAUUUCUCUUGGCACCGCUAUGAACAUGGGAGAUUUUGGCCUCAGCUCAGAGAGUCGGACUACGACAGCGUUGGCAAAGAGAGGGGAGCAGGGUUUAACAUCAACGUGCCGUGGAACCAGGUGGGAAUGGAGAACAGUGACUAUCUUUCUGUCUUCUGCCACCUUCUACUGCCAGUUGCAUAUGAGUUUUGUCCAGACCUGGUCUUGGUGUGUGCAGGUUUUGAUUCAGCCAUCGGAGAUCCAGAGGGUGAAAUGUGCGCCACUCCAGAAAUCUUUGCCCACCUGACUCACCUCCUGAUGAACCUCGCUGCAGGGAAACUGUGUGUUGUUCUGGAGGGAGGGUACAACUUGACUUCCCUCGCUCAGUCUGUGUGUCAGACAGUUCACACGUUACUGGGAGAUCCUCUGCCUCAGCUGGCUGAUCUCAGCUGUCCCUGCAGAAGCUCACUCGAGUCUCUUCAGUGUUCCCGAUCUGCUCACAGGCAGUACUGGUCCUGCCUCAAACAUGCAGCCGCUCUGCCUCCUGCUGAAAUUAGCACCAAAUGUAUUAAAGUAGCAGAAGAUGAAGCAAAGACAGAACUGGGAGAGGAAGAAAAAAGCUCAGAGGAGAAAAUUUGGCCUGAACCUCCUGAGCGUUUCUCUCCUCCUGUUCGUUGUGCUUCGGUUCUUCCUGAUGAUGCAACUUGUCCUGACGGAUGUAAACUCCUCAGCACCAACCAGGAUGUCGACAAACUGAGGGAUGAUUGUAUCAAAAAUUCAGAUGACCAUGAUCUCUCUGGAAUUAUCUCUCUGGUGGAGAAAAUGGUGCAGAAUGAGAUCCGCAGUGGUUUGGUGCUGGUUUCUGAUGUCACUGUGGCGAUGACGUGUGUUGUUCAGCACAUCACAUCUGAUGUCAUCAACCGGGUUUUGAUCGUGUGUGUCGGCAAUGGAAUGAUUCCCGGUCACAUCACUGAAGAUGGGAGAACACUUGUGUUUCAGAUCAGCAGUGACCACUUGGAUGAACAAAAGAGCAAAUAUUAUAUUCCAGUGUGUUUGAAGAAGGGCUGCAGUGACACGUCAGGGUUCAUGCACGCAGUUUUUGGUCUCCUUUUACCUCUGGGCUACGAGUACAACCCAGACCUUGUUCUUUUGGUUCGGAUGCCAGACAGUAAAGUGUGCGACGCCGUGUGGCAACAGCUAACUGGUCUCCUGCAGAGCUUCGCUAAAGGACACACACUGGUCCUAAUGCAGGAGAAUGACAAAGCCAGUGUGGGUCCUACAGCUUCCAUCCUCCUCGGGGACCCUGCAGCCCCUCUAGAAAGCCUUCAGGCCCCAAACCCAGAGGAUCUAAAUGCUGUGGAGCAGCUGAGAGACAGGCUGCAGCUGAACUGGAAGCUCCUGCAGACAACAAGUGAAUGCACGGCAGCAGUUUGUCAGCAGGCCAUAUCAUUUAUGAAAUGAAAAACAGCAAAUCCAAAAUAUACUGUAAUGUUUUCUAAAAGUUGUUUUCUGAAAUUGUUCAACUCGUGUUUUCUCUGGAAGGUCUGAUUAAAAAAACAACAACAAAAAGAUUAUUUUGAUACAUAGGAAUGUAUUUUUUCAUUUUUUUGCAGCUUUUUUUGUAUUUAGAAUGAACUUGUAAAGAUUGCUCACGCUUUCAUGAAAUAAACUGUACAGAACUGUUAA